UCGUGCACGCGCACACGCUCGAGAUCUCCACACGCGCUCGUCGGAGCAGAUGCAGCUCGCGUUCACGGACGAACUGCGCGCAUUCAUUCUGAAUUAAAGUGAAUUAAAACGUCCUCGGUACAAGACUGGAGUUAUUCGAGUUAAGACUGACUCCAGACCGUCCAUCUAUGCUAGAUGCUUCUGUUCUGGAUGUUUUCUCAGAGUUAGAGACAAGCGUCUCAAAUGGAGACAGAAGCCAUGGAUGUCCAACAGCAGGACGCAGGGCAGGGCGGCGCACCGGACAGGGUCGGGCCCCUGGAGAAUCAUGUCCACACGACACAACCACAGGCCACCGGCAAACCUGACGUCAUAGGUCCUGUCUCAGCUGAGAUUGCUGACAGCGGAAGCAACGAGUCCCUGACAGACGGUGUCACAACCAAUGAUGAUGCUUUACUGCUUCCUGACCACAUACCUACAAUUUCACGCAAAAUAGAGAAAGGCAACGUGAAGCCCAGUAUUCCCAAUGGCUCCUCUCCACCGGUCAACGGCUCAGCUAUCAUCCGUACACCUCCAGCUUCUUCGUUAGGAGGAUCGGCUCCUCGCCCGGCAGCACAACAGAAAUGCAACGGACAUGCAAAGUGCAACGGACACAAACACCCUCACAAAAAACACACACCCUCCACCUCCACCUCCAAGAGCCAGCAGAGCUUCAAAGGCGAUGCCUCGCAGAUACAGAGAGUAGCUGGAGACGACUGCUGUGCACACUGCAUACUAGCCUGUCUGUUCUGUGAGAUGCAGUCGUGGUGUUCGGCCGUGGCUCAGUGUCUGGCCUGCGGUCUGGAGUGUGACGCUCUCUGCUGCUGCGGGGAAGCGGCCACCGGCGGUCUGGCGUGCUGCACUGAGGACACCUGCUCUGCCCUGCUAGACUGUGGGAUACUGGAGGACUGUUGCCAGUCUUCAGACUGUCUUGAGAUCUGUUUGGAAUGCUGCUCCAUCUGUUUCCCUACCUAAACGGGAUUCUCAACGGAAUGAUAUCAAGUGCUCAAAAGACUGUAAGCGUGGGGUAUAUAUUAUACUGUUGACCCGCAUUUUGUAUUUAUUUAGUAUAAAGAAUGAAUUUGUUACAUCAGUCAAAGUUGGGCUGUUCUGUACGAGGCUACUCUCUGAAUUCAGACAGGCCUAAAAAAUGUUACCUUUUUUUUGUAUGUUGAAAUACACACAAAAUCUAUGUUUGAAUGUGAAACAUUGCUUUGUUUAUUGGAGAAUCUGGAUACAGGAUGUCUUUUUCAUUAUCGCAGUUCCGUUGACACGCUUCAUCUUUAACGGUGAAGAGCAAAAGAUUGAGUUUACAGAGCACUUACACUUACAUGAACACUCUAAGACUGCUAAAACUGUGCUGCAAAACAUGAUUUCUGUCUUUUUCAGUACAAACAUCUAAAAAUUUGUUAAAUCAAGAUACAUUUAUUUGAAAAGGAAAAUUACUUAAAAUAUUAGGUCUUGUUUUCUGGGGGGAAAAAAUCUAAAUUAAGUGAGUUUAUGCACAAAACAAUAAAAAAAAAAUCUUUCAGUGGGGUAAAAAAAAGCCUAGUUUUCCUCUUACUGGCAUAUAUAUAUAUAUAUAUUUCAGAAAGCAAGACUUAAUAUCUUAGGUUGUUUCUCAAGAAAAUAUAACAUUAUUUAAGAAUUUGUAAUUGAAGACAAAUUUUUUGUUGUUGUUGAAGGGUAUGUUAUGUUUUUGACAAUAAAGUUGCAUUUAUUUGAUCAAAAAAUACAAUAAAAACAGUAAUAUUGUGAAAUAUUAUUAUAGUUUCAAAUAACUGUUUUCUAUCUGAAUAUAUUUUAAAAUGUAAUUUAUUUCUGUGAUGCACAGCUGAAUUUUCAGCAUCAUUACUCCAGUCUUCAGUGUCACAUGAUCCUUCAGAAAUCAUUUUGACAUGUUGAUUUGCUGCUUAAGAAACAUUUAUUAUUAAACAUGUGCAUGCUUAAAAUGCCUGAAUUAAACAUCAUCAUCAACUGUGAUAUUUUAUACUGCUUAGGAAAAAAACUAGAAAGUAAUUUGCUCUGAAGAAACAUUUCACAAUACGUCCUCUGUUUUGAAGAGUUUAGCGUGACAGCUGAGAUUGAGGCGUCCGUUCUCAGCACUCUUAUCUAAAGUGUGUGUGACAGGAAGGCUGGGCGAUGCAAAAAUAACCAGUCAGGAUGACUAUAAAGCGCUCGCAUAUUCCUCUGGGCUUGUUGAAUUUCACAGGCUUUCUCCAGAUGACUCUGCGCAGUGUUUAGACAGCGGGCACAGCUCUAGAGAGAGCUGAUGUUGAAUCUGGCAGAGGGACAAAGAUCAGUGAGACCAACAAAAGCCACAGAAGCUCUCCUGACAUACACCUCCCUUCAUUCCUUCAUCCCGAUGUGGGUUACACAUUAUACACAUCAGCUAAAAACACCACAUCUGCCCUCCUUUACUGAUUUAUUGAUUAUUGUCAGCAAGUAAUUAACGAUUUGUAAUAUUAGAAAAUGUGUUUAGAUUAAAUAAAUGUUUUGUUUAAGCAUCAUUUUUA